AUGACUGUUGUUCAGUAUGCCGACCUAUACGAUACGGUGAUAUCUGCUGAUGUUUCUGGUUUUCUAGAGUAUUGGCAACCUACAGAGCCUUUCGAGACCCCGACUGUUCCAGGGAUGUGGUCCUUCAAAUCCAGCACUGACCUCUACGAGUUCAAAAAAUCCCGGUCGACCCCUACUUCCUUGACGAUAUCACCGGAUCAAUCACAUUUCGUGACAUUCUCCAUCUCCGAUCGACACAUCCGGGUGUUCAACCUGCUUAGUGGCAAAAUGAUCAAGAAGAUUGAUGAGAGUCUCCAAGCCAUACAAGAGAUGCAACAAGCCGGAACUGCAGUAUACCGUGUAGAUGACAUGGAAUUUGGUAGACGACUCGCAAUAGAAAGGGAAAUCGAAGAGGACGAAGUCGCUUGUAAAUCAAUGAAUGCAAUCUGGGACGAAAGUGGCAACUUUAUUCUCUAUCCUACUCUCUUAGGCAUCAAAGGUAACCUUCACCUCCGUCAAUGCCUUCUUGAGAUCUAA